AAAGCAAGAUGAUUCUUAAAGAAAAUGUGUCAGAAUAUCAACUAAAAUUGACGAAAAAAUUCAUGUUCACUUUGUGCUGGAUCCUAGCAUUGUUUGUCAGUGGGGCAGAAGUUAGAGAGAUCAACCUACCAGGAUGUUCCCAUGUUGACCCUCAAAUGUGGUAUCGUGCAAUUGAGGGUGAGGACUUUAUUCUACAAUGUGCUUUACCAGAUAGAGAUGCUACUCACAUGUACAACAACUCACUUCUAAAUCAACAUGAGGUGAAAUGGUUCUGGCAUCAAAAAGAUGAAGAGCCACUGAAGCCUAUCAAGGAAAGCUCUAAUCUGUCUCUCCAAGGGGAUGCACUUUGGUUUAAACCAGUAAGGGACAAUGUUUCUGGUGUGUACAUCUGUAGGAUACGGAGAAAAAUCCCAUGUCUCAGAAUUGUUUUGGAGGUUCAAACCAAGAUGGAAGCAAAAUGUUUAGAUUAUAACACAAAUAUGCUCUAUCUGCUGGCUGGCAAUGGGAAUUCAAUAACCUGUCCUGGAACCAAGUGUUACAGCCAUUUGAAAAAGCCAGAUGUAAAAUGGUACAAGGAUGGUCAUCAGAUAAAACACAGGAAAAGCAGACCAAGCCUAAAGCUUAGGCAUAAUGAAAUCUACUUGAAUCCAACCUAUGACAAAGAUGCUGGAAUAUAUGUGUGUGAUUACACUCUGUAUGACAACACUACUAAGUGGAUAGUGAGAACAGCAGUAACAGUAGAAAUUACUACAAAAAACACUAUUCACCCCCCAAACAUUUUGUAUCCCAAUGGUGUUGGGAUUCUUGAAGCAGAGCUUGGAAAGCCACUGGAAUUGGAGUGCCGUGUACAGUUUGGGUUUGAAACAGUUUCAUCAGUGAGGGUAACAUGGAAACGAAACACUGAAGACAAUACAAAUGAGAAAUUGAAUUUAGAAACAAGUGUUUAUCCAAAAGGCUUAAAGGGGCACACACUUGUUCAUGUUGCAACACUGAAAGAAGUUACUGAAAGGGACCUCAGAAGCAACUUCACAUGCUUUGCAGAGAAUUCAGUGGGGAAUGCCACUGCUGUGAUCCAGCUGAAGAGAAAGCAGAAAGUGCUGUACUUGUAUGUACUGUGCAGUGCCAUCUCUACUCUGUUUGCACUUGUUUUGUGCACUACCUUUAUUUACCAGCACUGGAUUGAAAUAGUGCUGAUAUACCGAAGUUAUCUAGUCUGCAACAAGAGUAUGGCAGAUGGCAAAGAAUUUGAUGCAUUUGUGUCCUACGCAAAACUAGACUCCUCUGAAAGCGACUCUACUUUAAUUAGUGAGGAAAAAUUUGCCCUGGAGCUUCUUCCAGAUAUGCUGGAAAAUAAAUAUGGAUACAGGUUAUGCAUUCUUGAAAGAGAUAUUCUUCCAGGAGGAGCAUACACAGAUGAAGUUGUAACAGCUAUUAAACAAAGCAGACGAGUAAUAAUUAUUUUGAGCCCAGCCUAUAUCAAUGGACCAAGCAUCUUUGAACUGCAGGCAGCAGUGAACUGUGCUUUAGAAGAUAAAAGCAUCAAGCUGGUACUGAUAAAGUUCCAGGCUUUUCAAGAGCCAGAGAUUUUGCCUCCAGUAGUGAAAAAAGCUCUUCGUAUUUUACCAGUUGUUACCUGGAAGUCUUCUGUUUCUGCUGCUCCAGACAAGAAGUUCUGGAAAUAUAUGCAUUACCACAUGCCAGUGAAAACUACUAAGAUGCUGGGAAACUGCAGCCUAAAGGGAUUAUUCCAAAGGUUAUUCAGACUGGUAUAUUGA